GCACAAUAAGCCCUAGCAUCUCUCUAUAUAAAGGCAGCUGACUUGUGGUAAGUACAACAGAAUUCAGCAGACCAGUUGACUUCUUCCUGCCGAACAUUCACCGUUAGCAGACACUUACCCACAAUGGCCUACAUCUCACAACUUGAUGUGUCCAUUAAUGAAGCUGAGGAGCAAGAGCUCCAAUCACAAGGCUUCAAGAAAAUCUAUGUUGAUCUAAACAAAGGAUCAGGAGGAAAUUACAUCUAUCUUUGGUACAAAAAAGGGUCAGUUCCAAUCACCAGGGUUCAAUUUACAUUCAACGAUGACAUGGCUGUUGGAUUGAUCAAAGCAGGGUACACAAAGAUCGAUAAAGAUCUCAAUGCUGGAGCAGGAGGUGAUUUCAUCUACCUUUGGUACUUCAGAGGGUCUGGGGAGUUCCACACUCCCAUAGUGGAGAUUGAUGUCACUACAGAUGAAAAUAGUGAAGCCGGGAAGUUCACCACAGGCUGGGAGAAAUCAGCCUGUGAUCUAAACCGCAACGCUAAAGGGAACUGGAUCUACGCCUGGGUGAAGAGAGAGAAACAAACCUACAUCUGUGAUGUCUCUGCCACUGAUUCCUACGGAUCAGACCCCGACUACUAUAAGGCAGGUUACAUCCGUGUGGAUGAAGAUACUAACAGAGGUGCAGGAGGUGCCUAUGUCUUCAUCUGGUACCGUCAGACCACCGACCCCAAGCGUGCGCUCACUGAUCUGAAUAUCUCCACCAAUGAUCUUGAGUUUCAGUCCCUUCAGCAGCAAGGUUACACUUCAGUGAGUGUUAACCUCAACGAGGGGACUGGAGGUAACAAGGUGUACCUGUGGUACAAGAAAGAUGGCGUCACCAAGCCCAUUAAGGCCAUGUCCCUGCUUCUUAACCCUGCUGCUGUACCAGUGUAUGAGAAGGCUGGUAUCGCUGUUAUCAAAAGAAAUCUCAACACAGGCACUGACGGCAGCACUGAGUACCUGUGUGUCUAUCAGUGAAAGGCUGAGAAAGCCUUCUUGAUGGAAGCAGAGCUGAGAAUUGGUAUGGUAAAUGUUGUUAAAUCAUGCUGGUGAUGGGCUCUUUUUUCUGCUUUUCUUCAAUAUAGAAAACAAUGUGAUUAAUUAUAUUACAGUAACACAACUGGUAAUAUCAGAAAGUAAUAAUGGUAAAUGGCUUAUACUCUUAGACUGUUAAUAUGAAUAAUAAUAAUUUGACUAAUAUUUACAGUAUGUGGUUCUAAAGUAUGUGGUUAAACUUGCUGUUAAUGAAAUGAAAUCAAACCAAAUCAGAUCAAAUGGCUGUUUUUUUUUUAACAAUGAUGUUAAUGAUUGAGUAUGUAUCACUUUAUUCUGAACAUUUCCUGCUUUUC